AAUCGCUGUAACGACCUCACGUAAAUGUCGUAGUGCUUUUGAGAAUUUCACUGGGAAGCAAACAACUGACAAGAAGUAACGACUACAGGACAAAAGAGAAAAUGGCAGCGAUGGAGGAAGACAUGGGGGAUCUCCCUGCCAGAGAGGAUGACAAUGACUCAGACAGAGAUGAAGAAGAUAGACUGUUUGCUUGGAUGGUAAAUGAUGCUAUGGAUGAAGACGAGGAGGAAGAGGAAGAGGAGGAAGAGGUGGAGGACGAGCAGCCGCUAGACACUGAAUCGUCUGAGUCAUUUGAGUUGGACACGCCAGCUGAGCGCAGUGGUCAUGUGGCAGUUGUUGACCGUAACUUCAUGUAUGUGUGGGGUGGAUACAAGAACGCUCAAAACCACGGAUUCUUUGACUUGUAUCUGCCGAGAAAUGAAGUCUGGAUGUACAACAUAGAGUCAGGCGAAUGGACAAAACAUGUUGCCGGCGGUAACCUACACACAUCCAUGUCAGGCAGCUGUGGGGUGUGUGUUGAUGGAGUCCUUUACCUAUUUGGAGGUCACCAUGCCCGGGGAAACACAAAUGGGAUCUACCGCCUGCCUCUGAGAGCUCCCAGCCUCGUGUGGGAGGAAAUGACUGAUCUUAAAGGACUCCCUCCUUCAUCAAAGGACAAGUUAGGAUGCUGGGUUCACAGGAACAGACUCAUAUUCUUUGGGGGCUACGGCUACGCUGCACAGGGACCCCAUCGAGGGACGUUUGAAUAUGACGAAUCGUCUUCUCUUGUGUGGGACAGUCCUGGGCGAGGUUGGAAUAAUCACAUUCACAUCCUGGACCUGGAGACCUCUACAUGGAGCCAGCCUAUUACCUCGGGGAACACUCCUUCACCCAGAGCCGCUCAUGCAUGUGCUACAGUUGGUAACAGAGGCUAUGUAUUUGGGGGACGAUACAAGAAUUACAGACUAAAUGACCUGUACUACAUUGAUCUGGACACAUGGGAAUGGCAUGAAAUGAGCAUUCCUCAGCAGUGUCCUGUAGGCCGCUCGUGGCACUCCUUCACUCCUGUGUCUUCAGACCACAUCUUCUUAUUUGGAGGUUUCACCACAGAUAGAAAGACACUGAGCGAUGCUUGGGUCUACAGUGUGAGCAAGAACGAAUGGAAGCCUUUCAAACACAGUCACACACAACGGCCCAGGCUGUGGCACACAGCAUGCUGUGGCCCUGAUGGGGAGGUGUUUGUGUUUGGAGGCUGUGCCAAUAACCUGUUGUCUUAUCACCGAGCCGCUCACAGCAAUAAGUUAUUGGUUUUCAACGUGCUACCAAAAUCACUAGUUGGGUUCUGUAUGGAUGUCAUCCUGCAGCACAGGGAGCAUUUAUCUCAUUACUGGGACUGCCUGCCCAAAUCUAUCCUGCACAGCCUCAAACGGAGACUGUCGCGCGUUAACACACUGGGCUCCUAGACGAGGACGUGGCCAACAAUCCAGACCCAGAGGAGAAAAAGACGGCGGUUUCUCCGAGAACAGGUAGUCCUACUAGAGAAUCAGCUGAAUGUGAGGACACUUGCAUACAUAAAACAAAACCUUAAAGCAAUAGUGAAGUGCUGUGGACCUGCACAUUUAAGGGUGACAAUUCUUCUCCUCUUGUGACGCCAGUAGAACUUUCAGUGGUUUGCACAGCCAACACAGUAGGAAUCCCACAGUACUUUUACAACCGUUUUCAUGUUCUGUGUUCAAAAAACUUCCCUCAUCACACCCUCUAAAGAUAAACUUUACAUGUCUGCAUUAAAAUAUCGACUAGCAUUUUUUCUCUUUAAAUCGACAGAAAUUCGUAUUUAUAUUGAGGGUAACUGACCGCGUCACUCGUUUUAUUCGCCUCUUAAUGAUGUAUUUGGGCUUACGUAGUUUCUUUUAUGUGGGAAAUAUCACAAUUUUAUGUUUGAAAAUUGCGAUAAAUAAUAAACCCUUAACGCUGUCAUUUUUUUCCUCUGCACUGAAAAUGCAAUGCCAGAACUCUUCAGCGUGUAGCCGCACAUCUGAAAAUAUCUUACAAUAAAAGCCCACACUGCUCCCUAAAGUCACCAAAUUAUGUCAGAAAUUACACCAUGUAAUUUAAAAAGUGGAUUAUGAUAAAUAUGAUUUUGAACAGCAGGUCACUUUUAUAAUCAUGACGCUUCUAGGGAGGUGUUGGUACUUUACCAUACCACAAAAAAAACUGUUUUAUAAUAUUAGCUACAGUGUGACAGCAGAUGCCAGUUAUUUAAUAUGGACAGAAAAUGACAAACUACUGAAAAGUCCUUCAAAGAAAAAUGCUUUGUUAGAUGCUAAAACCAAAACUCGUCUUUAACACACGUCUGAAUCGUUAAACAAUAAAUAAGUCGGUGCGAUGCUGGAACAGUUUUGUUUUAACGGUGCGGGGUUGUCCUUUAUUUUAGUGCAGACUUUUCCCCCUUCACGAUUUCCCACAACAAAUGUUUGGCACAAUCUCGAGGAAAAUGUAAAACUAGUGCUUCAUGCCACACAAGACCAAUCUAAUCUGGAUGUUCACUGUUUAGUUUUUAUAUGUAUGCAGUGUUUGUAUAUAGUUAUUUAUAUAUAUUGUGAGUAAAGUGAUGUGUUGCUUCUGUGUUCUGAAAGUGGCUUUGAAAAAGCCUGUAAAGCGAGCGGCUCCUGUAGCGUUGAACUUUUGAUUUGUUUCUUAAAAUAUUGCAAGUGUAUUGGGUGUUGAGCCACAUUGCACUGAGAUUCCUCGUGCCAGUAGGGCUUUGUAUUUGCCUGGUUUGCACAAUUUUCCCUUUUGUUUUGUAUUAUGGGAUUCAAUGCGUGCGUGUUGAUUUUGUAAACAAGAAAUAAAGGCAUACCAUAAUUUA